AGAAGAUGGCGAGGGUGUGUAGGCGGCAGCAAUGCUCCGUUGAGAGACGCGGCUUUCGGCAAGAACUGGACUCGUGGCGCCACAAGCUCAUUCACUGUGUAGGUCCCGUUUCCCUCUGUGCGGCGGCCGGCGGGACUAUAAGGGCUUAACUCAUAUAUUUAACCCCCCUCCAAAAAGAUUUGAAAGUAUUCUUGAAGGGCUGUUUGGACCUGCAUUAUUAAAAGAUCUCAGUUUAUUUAAAGACUGUGAACCUGAAAACAUUUCUGAUUGGACUUUUGAUGAAAAUUGUCUAUUCUGUUGCUUGAGAAGAGAUAAAGUAAAGGGACACUUAGUCGGUCUGGAUGAACCAGCUUCGGGAGCUGGGCAAGAAGCUCUGCUUAAACAAGAGCAAGCAAAAAUCAUUCGAUUCGAGAGACAAGCAGAAGAGUUCCUCAAUGCAGUCUUUUAUAGAAAAGACAGUCCCUGGGUCUCCGACCCCAAUAUUCCCCUAGUGGCCCGUGAGAUCAUGCAGCGAAUGAUCCAACAAUUUGCUGCUGAAUAUACCUCAAAAAAUAGCUCUACUCAGGACCCCAGCCAGCCCAAUAGCACAAAGAACCAAAGCCUGCCGAAAGCAUCUCCAGUCACCACCUCUCCCACGGCUGCAACUACUCAGAACCCUGUGCUCAGCAAACUUCUCAUGGCUGACCAAGACUCACCUCUGGACCUUACUGUCAGAAAGUCUCAGUCAGAACCUAGCGAACAAGACGGUGUACUUGAUCUGUCCACUAAGAAAAGUCCGUGUGCUGGCAGCACGUCCCUGAGCCAUUCUCCAGGCUGCUCCAGUACUCAAGGGAACGGGCGACCUGGGAGACCCAGCCAGUACCGCCCAGACGGACUUCGGAGUGGUGAUGGGGUACCUCCAAGAAGCUUACAGGAUGGAACCAGGGAAGGUUUUGGACACUCCACAUCACUCAAAGUUCCAUUGGCUCGAUCCCUGCAGAUUAGUGAAGAACUACUGAGCAGAAACCCAUUGUCCACAGCUGCCAGCCUUGGGCCAUCUGGAUUACAGAAUCAUGGACAACACUUAAUAUUAUCCAGGGAAGCCUCUUGGGCAAAACCACAUUAUGAGUUCAACCUCAGCCGUAUGAAGUUCAGGGGAAAUGGUGCACUCAGCAACAUCAGUGACCUUCCUUUUCUUGCAGAAAACUCUGCCUUUCCAAAAAUGGCACUUCAAGCAAAACAAGAUGGAAAAAAGGAUGCGAGCCAUGCAUCUCCUGUAGAUUUAAAGAUACCACAAGUUCGAGGAAUGGAUCUUUCUUGGGAGUCUCGCACUGGUGAUCAGUACAGCUAUAGCUCUUUGGUAAUGGGUUCACAAACGGAGAGCGCGCUUAGUAAAAAGUUAAGGGCUAUUCUUCCAAAACAAAAUAGAAAAAGCAUGUUAGAUGCUGGACCCGAUUCUUGGGGCUCAGAUGCUGAGCAGUCUACCUCUGGACAGCCAUAUCCCACAUCGGAUCAAGAAGGAGACCCUGGUUCCAAGCAGCCUCGGAAGAAAAGAGGGCGUUACAGACAGUACAACAGUGAGAUACUGGAGGAAGCAAUCUCAGUGGUUAUGAGUGGAAAAAUGAGUGUUUCCAAAGCUCAGAGUAUUUAUGGGAUUCCCCACAGUACACUGGAGUACAAAGUAAAGGAGAGGCUGGGCACUUUGAAAAACCCUCCAAAGAAAAAGAUGAAAUUAGUGAGGUCGGAGGGGCCAGAUGUUUCUGUAAAGAUUGAAUUAGAUCCCCAGGGAGAGGCAGCACAAAGUGCAAAUGAAUCAAAAAAUGAGUAGGAAUACUGUAGAGUGCCAAUUACUGUACAAACUGGGUGAGCACUACUGCAUUGUUCAGCUAUCAUUGCUUACACCUGACUCCAUUUACUGUGACACUUGUUUCUUUGCAGAUUUCGCAUUGACUUGUGUGUACAGAGGUGAAAGGUGCAUUCUGAAUGUUGCAUAUUUUAAAAUUUUCAUGUGCAGUAUGGCUCGGGAUAUUGUUUGGCCUUUUUGCAUGUUUCUCUACAAAAGAGAAUUGAGUUACCUCACAGAGAACAGAUACAUGGAAGUGGACUCCUUGCCUGUAGAGCCUGCAUGCUUUUCUUUCUUUUUUUUUCUUAAGUUAUAUUUGCCUUUAUUUAAAAAAGAAAAGAAAAGAAAAGAAAAAAGCCCCCUUUUAGAAACCACCUCUGUCAUACUGGGAGCUUUAUCAUUACAAAUUGGAAAGCCAUCUUAUAAAAUCAUUCGUGUUUCUCUUCUACAUUUCAACUAAUUGAAGGAUUAAACUAAAAAAAAUCCUAGGAACAAUGAACCUUUGAAUUAAAGAAAUUUGGUUAUUCAGUGAUACGUAAUUAUUUAGGUCAAUUUACAUUUUAUGAUUUUCUUCUCACUAUUAAAUUUACUUAACAAAUCAGCAAUCUGUUUAGUGCUCACCCAGAGGGAAAGGAGGUGGAAAAUGUGCACACACUACCUUCAGAAAUGCUUUGGUUAAUUACUUUGUAACACUACCUUUGCUGUAAUUUUAUUUGGUAUUUUCUAAGGGUAGAAUUUGGUCUCACCAACAAGUGAGGAUAUAGCCUUAUCUCAUGGAGGACGAGCUCCGUUCUUACUCAGGAGCAGUCAGGGUACAUUACAUAAAACAAUAGAGGAUGCCUCAUUUUAACAAACUAAGUUUCUUUGUAUUCUUAAAACCUUUUACAGAUUUGAUCAUGUGCUAACUAACGACUGGAUGUCGUUGCAGCAACUAGUUUAAAAUAUUCAAGAUCUGUUUAUUGGGGAAAGGGAGAAGUAAGGAAAGAAGUGUGUUUAAGUAAUUAUAAUAUUGCAAAGUGGUGUCUAGAUUUUACAGCCUCAGUAGUCUGCCCAAAUAUCCACAUGAAUGAAGGAUCCAUGUUUGUGGUGAGAGAAAAAAAACACAACCCCAAGGUAACCUAAUAUGAUUUAGGUUGCAUUUCACAUCUAAUGAUAGUUCAAUCAGCAAUCAAGCUCAGAAUUUCUCUUUUAAUCCAGAUACUAGAACAAGGGGGGAUGGGUUGUUUUUUAGUUUUUAUUUAAUUUGUUGCUUUCAACUUUCUUUCUUUUUUUUUUCUUUCUUUCUUUUUCUUUUCUUUUCUCUCGCAUCCUGCAUUCUAUCCCCUACUUAACUUUUUCUGAUAUUUAGCUGAUUUUUAUGGUUAUUUAGCACACAAUUCAGGACUUUUCAGAUCAUGUUUAUAUAAGCACUCCAUGAAGAGCAUCUAAGCUUUUUUUGAGAUGGGCUUUUCAAAUUACAGUAAUUAAAUUCAGAAUAUUUAUUUCCUACAGUUUUUUGCAAGAAUAAGUGAUAAAUAAAGCCCAUGAAAUUUAAUUUUGCCUUGUGACCAAAUUAAAAUUACUGUUGGUGCAAAAACAAAAUCCACACCACAUACACCCUAUCUAAUCUGCUGAGAAAGGUGGUCAGGCCCUUCUAAAUGCUUAACCAAAAACAAACAAAAAGUCAUUAGAGUUUUUGUGUAAAAUAAAAUAAAACUUGGAGCAUUAAAUUGAGGCUGAUGAUUUCAGAUGGAUACUAAGAGAUUGAAGAGAAGUAGGUCCAAUAUUCCCAAGGCAUAAAUUCUUGCCUGGCAACUUUGGAGCAGUUAAUUAGGUAAAGGAUAGUUUUCCCUCAGCAACCUAUGUGUUCAAAGGUUAGGCACACCAUUGCUGUUAUUGAAAUACAUGCACUGCUCAUUCUUGACAUAGCCUGGGCUUGGAUUCCUCUUUUGAUUUGGUUAUUUUGUGUAGCAGUUUAAUCCGUGGAUGACUGAGCCUGUUUCUCUUAGCUUUCUAGUCUCAACAGAAAAAGGAGCUUGGGUUCAGAGCAGUAUAUGACUCUGCAAUAUUUUCUAGCCUAGCUAGAAGUUGCAAUAAAAAUAUUUUAUGAAAUAUAUGGUUUUCAUCUGCAGUUGAAGGAAGUUAUAGAAAGUUUGCUGAAAGCAAAGGGCUAAGCUUAUGAAGGAAUGCCUCCUUUGUUCCACACUCAGUAAUUUGUCACACACAAUUAAUUGCAGCCAUGGUACCUUUUCGCUUGACGUUUGGGGUAUUUGGUAGCCCAGAUUGCUGCAAAAAGGUCCUUUGAGCAAUUAAUUUGUGCUUGCUUUUAUCCCCUCUCAGAAAGGCAUCAUUAAAGGCCCAUUUAAAAAUCUGGCCCUAAAAGUUCAACUUUUGUAGUUUUACUGUUCAGAGAGGUUUAAUCCUGUGUGGUAGUCUAUAAAGUGAUGUAUGAGUUAUGUAAAUUUUGUCAUUGUAGUGUACAUGGAGUGAUCAUUUUACUAACAUAAAUAUUUUCUAUGUGUGUUUCAGUGGAUGACAAUCGAGCAGCAGAAGAAUGGUGUGCCUACCCUUUAAUGCUGCAGUUUAAAUAAGAGAACUUGUAUUGUGUCAUUUCAGAUUGUAG